CCGCGGCCCGAGCGUCGGCGCUGAGCCCCGGCCCGGCCGGCCGCCCCCGCGCCCCUCCCCCGCGCGAAGGACACCGGCCGCCUCCCGAGCGGCGCCUCCAGUCGCGGCGGAGCGCGGCGGCGGCGGCGGAUGGACCUUGGCCGCGCGGCCCCGGGGGCGUCGGCCGAGUGGGCGCCCGCGAUGCAGCUGCUGAAGGCGCUCUGGGCGGGCGCGGGGGCCGCGCUCUGCUGCGUCCUCGUCCUGCUCCUGCACGCGCAGUUCCUGCGAGAAGGUCAGCUGGCGGCGGGCACGUGUGAGAUCGUCACUCUGGACCGGGACAGCAGCCAGCCCCGGAGGACCAUUGCCCGACAGACGGCGCGCUGCGCCUGCAGGAAGGGCCAGAUCGCCGGCACCACCAGGGCCCGGCCCGCCUGCGUGGACGCACGCAUCAUCCGCAGCCGGCAGUGGUGUGACAUGCUCCCGUGCCUGGAGGGGGAGGGCUGCGACCUGCUUAUCAACCGCUCCGGCUGGACCUGCACGCAGCCCGGGGGGCGCAUCAAGACCACCACGGUCUCCUGACACACGCAGCUGCCCAGGGGCCGGGACAGUCCACGGCCCGGCCAGACCCGGCGGAGCCCAUGGUCCUCGC